GAUUGAUUGUUAUCCUAUCCAUAUUUAUUCUUGUCUUGUGACGAGCAUCGCCCAGAGUCGGAUUUUCAGUCUCAGUCCCACGCAUGCCUUUUUUCGUCCGUAGAUGGGUGAAAACUAUGAUAGUAUACCAUCGGAUUUGAACAGAUUGUCUUACUCUUAUCUGUUCUUGGAAUUAAAAUGAUGGCAGAAACCAAAGCAGUACGAGUCGUGCCCUCGGGACAUAUCUACAAACAAAUAUUUGAUGCCCAGGUGCAAUUAGUCAAGACACUGGAGCAAAAUGAUCACCCUCGCCAACAAUGUGAACCUAAGACCUUGUCUGUCCCUUUGGUUCAUGAGAACCGUGCUGAGAUGGGUAAGAGUCUGCUGCCCUCUAGAGAUGUAGAUUGGAUGGAGAGUUUGCCAAACAACCAGCAAACUGAAAACCCUGUCCUUUACAAGCAAUCUGUUGAAAAUGCUGAUAGGAAAGCAAAAGAACCCAAAUCAGUCAUCGCAGCCAGAGAAGUCAGAGGACUUGCUGAUACUAUUGAAUCUGAGAAACUUGGAUCAGAUAUCAUAGAGAGAUUAGCAGAGAGUAGGAGAGUUAGACAUGAUGAGGCUACUGAAGAUCUACAUCAUGAAUUCACAAUCAUUUCAAAUGAUAUUGAGCCUAAGAUAGCAGCCAGUGGUGAACUUCUGAUCAAGAAACUUGAUGACAAUGAUAAAGAAAUUGAGAAGAUGCUUGCACGGAUAGCUGAUGAUGAUGAACUGAAAGAUUAUAGUCUAUCUGAGUUGGUGAGUCUAUGGGCACAGAUAGAAGAACAAGCAUGGAUAAGAAGGGAGUUUAUCAAUGAAAUGGAUGCAACUCUGACUUCAUUAGAAGACGAUAGGCUAGCCAAGCUGAAAGACAUCCUAAAGACAUACGCCAAGAAGAUGGAAGGCAUUGCCUAUCUAAUGCCCCCUGACGUCCAGAGAUUGAUUGAGAAGGAAUCUACUGUGAUCAAUCAGACACUGCUCAUAAACAGAAGAGCUUACACAGAUCUACAUGCUAGGUUAAUGAAGACUGACAUUGAACGCGACAAGAACCAUAGAGGGAUCUGGGAAGAUAGGCUGGCCGACUGGCGCAAGCUCAACAUUGAGAUUGCUGUCAAUAAAUUCUUGGACUUUAUGCAGAGUGAUCGUAUUGUAAACCCUUCUAAGGUCAAUGUACUUUUGGAAAAGCUGCACCAUGAACAAGUUCAACUAAAUGUUGAAAGACUGGAAAUCUUAGCAAAACUCAAUGAAAUGAAGCCUCCAAGAUCGACCAAGACUGCAGCAUACCAGUGGAAUAAAGAGAUUGUGAAUUCUUGCCAACGUAUUGAGCAGGUUCAUGUGACUUACCUUGAUGAGUUACAUACAGAAUAUGAACAGGUCUGCAAGGAAUGCUUGGAUAUGGUGGAAAGUUUUCAGAGUGAACUCUUGGAUGCUGGGGUCUGUACUGAGGAAAAGGUUGUGGAGGUCACAGAGGAACGGAUUCUACCAGAAGUCGGUCGACGUCAAGUCUCGUUUGAGAAGGCUCUAGAAGAAAUGGAUCUCUCCCUUGAGAGGUUAGCAGAGCGUCAUGCCCAGGAACUCAGAUCACUCUUCAAAUUCACCCAGGGUGCGGCUCACCUCUGGGACGUCCAUGAAAUCAACCUUGCUAAGAAAGAGCGCCAGCUACAGGAACAACUUGAAGAGUGUCGCAGGAAACAUGACAAUCUCAACCAGGACAUGGAAGCUAAUCUUGAUAUCUUGAUGGAUAGAUUGAGACAGGAAAGUAGCGAAGAAGCUCUUAAAACAACCAUGGAUAAGGCACAUCAAAUGCUUCUGAAGAUUCAAGAUAGCUAUCUUAAUUUCUAUGAAGACCAGGAGAUGAUAGUCCAAGGCUAUCCUAGUAUGGUACAAGAAGAGCUACAACGCUAUGAUGACACGCUCUGCAUCUUCUUCGGGGUCGAUAGAAUUAAUCCCUUGGAGAAACAGGCAGAAAGUAAGAAAUUACAAGAAGAACAGGCAAGCAGCAUCAAGAGUCAAUCUGAUUCUCCAAAGUCCUCUAGGGCAGGGAGUAGGGCUGAGAGCAGGACUAGUAGCCAGGGCGUUAGAGAGACCAGCAGCCCGGCGGGUAGUCGAGCUGAUUCCCAGGCAGGCAGCCAAGCGGGAAGUGAAGCAGGCAGUCAACCAGACACCUCCCAGUCUACUAAACUGUCUUCAAACAAGUUUGGUACAAGUAUAAGGGAUUCAAGUCUGAGAAAGACUGUUCUGACAUCAGACCCUAAAAUGAGGGGGUCUUCCAGUCGUUCACGAGACAGCCCCUCGUCGUCUCCAGCCCCCAGCCAGGAACCUCCUAUUGUCACCGAGGUGCUCCUCACAUCCAAUGGUACCAACUUCUAUGUCCUGACGGUUGCAGGGGAGCAUGGGAUCACAUCGGAUGGGGACCAGAAUGAAGGUCAGGCGGUGUCUGAGGAGGGUCGUCCGGUAUAUCUAGUCAACGUCACCAUCCCGCAAGAAACGCUCAACAAUCUAAGAAAAACAAUGAGGAUGUCCUUUCUGGAGCACCUUGAGGAAUGGAAGGUCUAUGCUGUAGAGAGGGCACACAGUGUAGUUGCUGCUAAGACUGAGGAGCUAAAGAGUGAGUUAGACCUGAGGCUCCAUCUUCACGAGCCCCGUUCACAGCGCACAGAGCUUGACAUACACAACGUCCGAGCAGCGGAACUUCUGCUUCAUCAGGAACGGGUCAGCAAGCAUUCUAAGGGUGUGUCUUGCGCUCUGUCAGAGGUCAAGCAGCGGUUUGCUACGAUGCAGAAAGAGCAUGACGGCGUCGUGGAGAAGUUCAAGCAAGAGAUUGAUACCAUGGAGAAUGUCUUUGUGAAUGCCUCUAGAUCAGCAGAUUUGGUAUCUCUAUCUCACCAAGUGAACACCAAGGUUGAGUCUCAUAUGGAUGUCAUCAGGGCUUCUUUGAGGCAGUUCAGGACAUACCUUGAUGAUACACUGCAGAUGCUUAGGGAAUCCAAUGCAAGGUUCAUCAAGUCUUUCAAAUUAUUUUCUGAUGGUGGUAACUUCUCUCCCGAGGAGGUAGAAGCUUAUAAGAAGAAAUUAGAAAAGUUAGCGACAAAGAUAGAUUCGGCUGAAGGAUUUGUGAUGGCUGAUUUAGAAGGAAUGGAAGCAAGGAGAUUGGCACAAGCUACUACUAUAGCUGGAAAGUUUGAGGAUAGAUUUAAGAGUCACCUGUUUGAUCUGACAUUCAUUGAGAAGCUGAGUAGAUGGCUAAACAACACACAGGUUAAGAUCAAAGGAGAGGUGGCACAGAGUAAUACACAAGCACAGAGCCUUAUGAGACUCCUUAACAAACUAGAAACUAGAGUAGAUGCCUGUGAAAGACCCAAUCUAGACAAAGAGCAAAUAACCCCUGGUGAGCUACUUGAGACGUUACCAUCUAUCUUCCAAGCAUUUGAUGAGAGAGCUCAAUACCUAAACUGUGCUAAACACCUGUUGUUGAAUGCUCCUCCAGCUAACCUAGCUCCAUCCUCCAGAGGCAAUCAAAACACAACUCCAAAGGUUGUAUUUACAAGUGAGCAGCAGCAGCAGCAGGGAGUAGGAAGCCAACAGACAUCUGGUACAGCUAUAGCUCAGACACCCAUGACAUCUACUACUACAGCAGCACUUAAAGCAGCCAAGCUACAAUCUGAAGAUGCUGCCGUCUCGGUCAUCAAGAACAUCCUCACAUCUCAAAAGCACAAGAUGAAAGGCCAGGAAGAGGAGACACCAUUGACGACUCCAUCUGUAUCUAGACCCCUAGCAUCCCAGCCAGUUUCUACUGCCGGAGAUGGGCAAGGAAAGGGUGUAGCUAGACCCCCUGCGAAGCUUGUUGAUAAGGAGAGGUCAAAGGUCAACCAUGUGAAGAGAACCACCUCUAUGACAUCGGAACACAACCCACGGAGAAGUGCUUCUGGAAUUCAAAAGAACAAGAAUAAUGGUCUCAAGUUUGAUCCCAAGUACUACGUCUUUGGAGAAAAGCCAGAAAAAGAAACUCAUUUCUUAGCUUUGAUAAAGAAGACACUACAAGAUGCCUUGGAUGGUCUACUUACCACUGCGGAUUUGUACUACAGGCAGAAAGGAAGCCGUCCUGUGACCAGACCACAAGCCAUUCAUGAGAUCUUUGAACAGUGUGCUGAUGUGAUCGUCACUAAACUCCAGUCUUACUACAAACAAGCUGAUGAAUAUCAUAACCAGUGCUUACAAGAAUUUCGUGAGCAGCUUGAGAGGCUGGAGAUAGAAGUAGCCAAGGUUCCAUCGCUGGUCAUCAAACAGCUUCUUAAACAUCACAUACAGAAAGCUAAUGGUUUGAUGAAACAAGGUGGAGGACAGUUCACACAGAAACUUAGCCAGUGGGAGAAAGCAAGGACCCAGCACAAGAUCUUACUGCGCCCCACCCUAGGGCACCCACACAAUCACAAUGAGCUUGUAUCGUUAUGUGAUCAGGAAGAGGAGAGGAGGAAAGAAUUCAUGGCUGGAGUGGACGAGAACGCCAAGAAUCUCAGGGAUGCUAUGAAAAGCUGUGGAGAUGACUUUGUGAAGCAGCUUGCUACAACGACAGAACAGCUUCUUAUUCUUCUUGAUUCAGAAUUAACAGUAGAUGACGUCAUUACCGGCCGGGUGGAUCCAAAGCGUAUGAAAACCAGUGCCUUGAUGAGACGCAAACAAGCAGGACUCCCUCUAGAGGACAAUGAGUACAUUCCACUCAUCAAGCGUGGCACUCGUCAAUGGGAGGGGCUUCCCCUUAGUAUUCAACCAGAGCCGACACCCCCUCCUAAAAUAGAGACACAGACCCCUUCCCAGACGCCAUCUCAGACUCGCAGUCGAAGCAGACUGGCUAAGGGUAAGAAGGUAGAGGCUGAAGUAGCUCCUAAACCAACUACGACUGCAGCAGUGACAACACAGAAGACUACACUGGCCCAUCAAGCAACCUAUGAUGCUAGGAAUCAAGCUUUUAAGCAAAGCACAGCUGACUACGAGCAGCGGUUGAAGGAGAUCGCUACCAAGCAAGAAGAACAGACCAUUGCAGAGAACAGGUGGACAGGUAGCUGGCAGACGGCUGUCCAGAAAGUCAAAGACCUCUACUAGAAACACUCUAUGACUGUACCUUUUAUACGCAUCAUUGGAGAAAGUCUGAGAACUCUAAAAACAUUCCUCUAAUGUAGUUCUGUGGGGUCUGAGAAGUGCAGCAUUCUGACAGUCCAAUGGCAUUUAAAAAGAUUCCUUUGAAGUGAUCCAGCCUUAUCUGCAAAAUUGCAGCUUUUGUUUAUACAAUAUUCUCCUAACCCAAUAUCAGCUGUGAGAAAACUUGAUUUGAUCAUCCACUAUUUGGUUUCAUUUGUGAUUAUCUCCUGCAAUGAGUGUUUUUAAGUUUGGUGUCGGUGCUAGCGUUGGUGUGGAAUGCAUAAUUGAAUUUGCUUUCCCCAAUCCCCAACACCUAAUUAAGUUUGGUGUAGGUGCUGGUGUAAGAAGCACAAUUGCCUUCCAUAGCUCUGACAACAAAUUUCAGUUUACAAAAAUCAAAUUCAGACAUACUUUUGCUCCUCCAAAUUAGCCACAAAAUAUCAUCUUAACCUGACUGCAAUAAUCUAAAAAAUUUUGUGCCUCUUACAAUGCUGUGAAUAUGGUGACUAUCUGUAAUGACGUCUGUAUUUUGCCUUAACAAUUGUUAUUGAAUCAAAGCUAAAAUACUUUGUUCCCUGUAUGUACUAGAUUACCUUGAUAUUUUCCAUAGAUUAACUUAUAUAUGAUGUACAUAUGUAUAUAUUAAAGAAAAAUGUUUCUAUUUAAAAACUUGUAUAGUAUACUUAUAUGCAAAAUCAAUCAAAACCUAAAUUUCUGCUUUACAUCCGUCCAAUGUAAGCCAAUGCAGUGUUUGAUAUCAGCUGGUAAAAACUUUCCACUCCUUAUCAAUAGUGCCUCUAAUUGUUAUAUUCAUAAAGUUCGCUUCAAGUAGUAGGGCUUGAUACUUACUUUGUGAUAUCAAAUCACUGAAUAGUACAGCAGCUACUCUUUUAAAACCAGGAGGGUGUUUCACAAAGAUUUAAGUAUGAAUUAUAGACGCUCUUAAAUGCCGACACGUACAAGAUAUGCAAUGAGCAAUCUUAUUGAUAUGCAGUAGUGUGCGCCCUUUGCUUUAUUUGACCAAUGCGGUCAUGCCUUUGAUACCACAUGCAACUAGACAUUUAAGUGCGACUCUAAGUCAUCCUUUAAUCUUUGUGAAACAUUUCCCAGGGUAAUUAUGCUGCAUUAUUGUAGCAUUAUUAUACACAGCACUUCCUUUUCACAUGCUGCUUUUCAAGAAACAAAUACAUUGUAUUCAAUAUAAUUAUUUAUCUUUCAUUUCAAAGAAGUUUUUGAUUCUCUUUAUUUGGAAUCAUUAGAAUUGCUUCUCAUAUUAUGGGGGUAUAAAUCCAGACCAUUAUUGAAAUCAAACAAUUUUCAAAUAUAUUGCCAUAAUCACAUUUUAUAUAUUGUCUGUUCAGCUGUUGGGAUCACAAUUAUUUGAUUAAAGCAGGUUGGAUUUUGGACAAAUAUGUCAAAAAUGUCUAUACUGCUGACUCCUAUUCAUAGCUGGGAAAGAUUUGUUGAAUAUUCUCCAUUGAUUGUUAUGUAAAUAAAACCUUAUACUGUCAAACAACUU